ACAUUGAGCAAGAAAAACUCAAAGAAAAAUAGACUGUUAAGCAUAUUAUUAAUUAGCAUUAGCCAAAAUGACAACAUCUUUUCCCAUGAAUGCUGGUGAUGGUCCUUAUAGCUUCUCCAAAAACUCACAAUUGGCGAGAGAAGUGUUAGAGGGCUCAAAGGAGAUGGUGAGAGAUGCAAUUAUAGGAAAGUUUGACAUCAAAACCAUGUUAUCUUCUUCAAACACAUUAUGUAUUGCGGAGUUGGGAUGUUCUGUUGGACCAAACACUUUAAUUGCAAUGCAACAUGUUGUUGAAGCUCUAAAGGACAAGUACUUGUCCCAAGUCAUGACAAAUUCCACUAAUAACAAUCUUGAAAUCCAAAUAUUUUUCAAUGAUCAUGUCACCAAUGAUUUCAACACCCUCUUUCGAUCACUCCCAAUUGAUCGAUCCUACUAUGCAUUCGGAGUUCCAGGAUCUUUUCAUGAUAGAUUAUUUCCAUCGCGAUCCAUACAUUUUGCACAUUCGUCUUGUUCUAUACAUUGGUUAUCUAAGAUUCCAAAAAAAAUAUUAGAUGAGAAAUCCCCAUCAUGGAAUAAAGGUUUGAUUCAUUAUAUAGGUGCUUCAAAUAUUGAAGUAGUGAAUGCUUAUUUUGCUCAAUUUGAAAAGGACAUGGAAAUGUUCUUUAAUGCAAGAGCUGAGGAAAUUGUUCAGGGAGGAAUGAUGGUGCUUAUUACACCAUUUUCAAGUUAUGUACGUCUCAUGAAAUUUUUUGGCUCUAGUCUUACGGAUUUGGUGAAUGAGGGAAAGUUAGAUGAGUCUUUAGUUGACUCAUUUAAUUUGCCAAUGUAUUUUCCAUCUGUUGAAGACAUGACUAAAGUGGUGGAGAAAAAUGAUUGUUUUAGCAUUGAGAAAAUAGAGUUAACAUAUCCUCAAUCAAAGCUUGUGGAUGAAGCUGAUGCAAAAACUUUAAUGAUAAACCUGAGAGCUGUUUUAGAAGGACUUAUAAUCAAUCAUUUUGGAAGUGAAAUAGCAAAAGAGGCUUGUGAAAGGACUAUACUCAAAAGUGAAGAAAUUUCAGCAUGGAUGAAAGCUAAUUAUGAAAAAUCAUGUCAAUUAUUUGUCGCUUUGAAGCGUAAAUAAUUUCUAAAGAAAAAACUAUAUAAUUCAGGUUUG